AUGGGUGUGGAAGACGUCGCAGCUGGGCACAUGGAUGCCGAAAUGGGAGGUGGAGGCGGUGAAGAGGCCCUAGUCGAGGCUGGCACCUGCACUUACACCAAGAUUGAGAAGUUGCAAGAAAGUGGAGUCAACGUCGCGGAUAUCGCGAAACUGAAGGCGGCCGGUUUUUGCACCACGAAUGCCAUUGUCUCGGUGAUGCGGAAAGACUUAGUGGCGGUAAAAGGUCUGGGUGAAGCGAAGGUAGACAAAAUCAUCGAAGCAGCGUACAAAACUGUGUCGGGAGAAAAAUCACAGGUACGACUUCUUACUGAAACUUCUAAGAAGUUCGUAACAUCAACGACGUUCGUGGUUGCUUGAGUGGCUAAGGAUGAUCAUAUGGUAGUCGUGUCUAGGGUGGGUAAGGAUGAUCAUAUGGUAGUUGUCUGUUGAAUGUUGACACCAUGAUCUUCCCAAAUAAUCUACUCCGAUUCUGUAGCAGACAUGCAGAUUAGUGCUAGAAGAUACAUGAUUCGUUAGUAUCGAGGAAGAUUUUCCAGCACGACAUAAUCCACACAGUUCUUCACUGCGGAGGAGGCCUUAGUAAAGCUCCAGCAAGUUCGGUUCAAGAUUAGUACCGGCGCGAGCUCGCUCGACGAAAUACUGCGUGGCGGCAUCGAAGCUGGCUGCAUCACGGAGCUCUACGGAGAAUUUCGUACCACACAGAUGUCAAAUAUCACGCGUUGUUUUUUUGUUUUCCAGUAAACUUUCGUUCUUACACUCAAACUUGUAUGAUCUUCGUGAUUACAUCUCAUAAACUUUUAUCUUCAGGUUGCGGCAAAACCCAGCUUUGCCAUACUCUUGCUGUGAUGGCGCAAUUGCACGAGACCUUUCCCGGUCGCUGUUUAUACAUCGAUACGGAAGGCACUUUCCGACCAGACCGCAUACAGGAAAUCUGCGUGGCCCAGAAUGUCGACCCCGAAGAAAUCAUGGCGAAUAUCAUCACCGCACGUGCCAUGACCUCAGAGCACCUGAACGCCUUGCUGCGCGAAGCAGCAACUAUGAUGGUGGACGAAAGCAGCGGGCAAUUUGCUGUGAUCAUUAUCGAUUCGAUUAUGGGCAUCUUUCGCCAAGACUUUUCGGGACGAGGCGAGCUCUCCGAACGACAACAGCUGUUGGGAAAAACUUAUGAAAAUCUAAUCUAAUACCAUGCCAACAACUGUUGAAAUACCAUCAAUGUCCGAGGAGAACUAUAGUAAAAGUCUAAGAAUACCAUCUCCAUCAAUGCCCCAUGAGAACUAUAAUAAAAGUCCAUAAUUUUUCCACUAUUCAUCUCCACCGCAUUUUCGAUCUACACGACUUACUCGUGUUUGUUCUUCUUCCUCCCUCUUUUCCUUCUUUUACGUGCCUCUUUCAUGUUCCAUUGAAUCGUCUGGCGAAAUUGGCGCAUGAGUUCAACGUCGCUGUUGUGCUCACGAACCAAGUGAUGGCUGAUCCGAGUGGGUCAGUUGGUGCGACGUUCUCCGCAAUGCCGAAGCCGAUCGGUGGACACGUUUUGGCGCAUGCUAGUACAGUGCGACUGUUCUUCCGCAAGGGUAAGGGGGAUGAACGCAUCGUGAAGAUCAUCGAUAGUCCGAAUCUGCCGGAAGCAGAAUGCACAGUCCAGAUUUUCUCAGGUGGUAUCAGAGCACCAGAAGGAAUGUAAUUUGUGCCAGUUAAUAGAAUGUAGAGGUAUCAGAAUAAAGAUGCUUACGGAGCGUGUACCAAGUAGGAUCUGUUGGAAGAAUGAUUGUAAGAUUUGCAAGUAGCUAAAGCAGUUGUCAUAGCAGUUGUCAUAUGCACUCUCGUUAUUCCAGAAGAAUAUGGACUCUUAUAAUUGCGAUUGUUGAAUACUAGAAACUGAAUAGCCAUAGUGAUGAAAGCGAAUUGUAAUAAAGCGGUCAGUAAGUCGCAAAUUAGCAAAAAAUUGGGGAGCCAGCAGUACUUGAUUACGAUCCAAGAUGUGUGAUAAGUAGUUUCUUGAAUUUGAAGUAUGUCUUUGACGAGUAAAAAGCAUCUCUUGCACUUGUAGUGACUUAUUGGGAAUUAGUUCAGGUUCUAAAAAGCUAGUUGGUCAAGUAGUAGUCGGUCUGAGGUUACCUCGCAACGAUUAUAUGCUCUAUCUGGAGUUUUUUUGAAAAGGAAUGCACCUAGUUACUAGAAUUAGUCAACAAUAGUUUUUGUUACACUUUUGCAGUCAUUUUGAAAAUCGCUGAACUUCCUGACGAAAAGUCUGAUUGUUUCUUGAUUCUGCAGAUUAUUAUUUGCCCACUGACUUAUUAUAUAGAAAAUCCAUUGGAAACUGCUUUGGUCGUCUGUUGUAUGUGCUACGAAAUACCGUAUGCUUUUGUAGCUAGUUUCGAAAUACGCCUCAUGCUGCAAUUUUAUAAUUAGGUUGGAUGUCAUUCGCACCGCAACCUGUACCGUCUGAGAAUUACUGGAUUUGGAACUAGAUCAUGGAAAUUGCUUUGAAUAAUUCAAAGAUUAUUGCUCAACCACAAGCAACAGGG